UAUACUGUUACCUAUAAUUAUUUUCUCGUUACACCGACCAAUAUUGUCUUUAUUGAGUGUUUCAGUUGUUAUCUUUAUAUAAUUGAUUGGAAUACUAUGUGGAUUGCUUUUAAAAUCGUUAAAUGCACACAAUAUUGCUUCUGCCCGGAUGGUCGAGUUGUUAAAGCGAUAGUUUUUUUUAUCCAAAUGUCAGUGGUUGAUAGGUCCAUCUGCAUGAUCUAGUGCCUACAUCUACUAGUAAUUGUCUCCCAAAAGAAAUCUUCAUCAUUGAAAUAUCACGGACAGCAAUAAUUGGACAAAGUGUAUUAAUGUAGCAGUCUGAUAAUUGCAAUGUUGGCAAUCGACAAGUCAGUCUUUUAUGAUUGUCAUGUAAUACCUAAGGAGACAAAAGACAAUAAGUUGAAAAAAGGAUGUGCCAUAAUUUCAUUCUGGGAUUCCCUGAAAACUGCAUAAAUUUAGCCAUAAAAUUAAUAAAGUAGGAGUGCUUGGCCAUAUGCCAAGUCCUUGCAUGAAGACUGAGGGACAGAGGAUCUCAUAAACUUUGAAAUACACUGUCACAUACAAAUUGAAUGAAAAUGUGAUAAAGGCUGUAAUAACUGAUGAAAACAUCUAGCUAUAACAGAUUUAUUGAGCAAAAUAAAGGAUCCGAAACAAUUCACAGUGAACACACUUCUUCUAGAUGUCGGCAUGUUUUCAAGAACUUCCUGGUUUAUAUUGUCAUUGUGGUUUACUAAGUCAAGCAGCUGACAGCAGCAUGUUUCUACCAGGCAGGUCUAGAUGGACUGUUGCUGGGAUCCUGAUGCUGCUUGCAUUUGCCUCUGGGGGACUGCUACCUAAAAGUCAUGACAAAAGAGCCGUUCCGGACAGGAAAAACCCUGUAAGUACCAAGGUAGACAACUCCACCCCUCCAUCAGACCCUGUGGAAUUCUGGAAGCAGCACAAUCAUGGGUUGUGUGACAUGGGUAUGGUCUCACAGAGGAACAACACUGUAUGCUGUCUGCCCACUAGCUGCAAGCCUGGUUAUGGAUUAGUGCCCUGCAAUGUCAGUGGUACUGAAGAUAUUUGCCAACAAUGCAGCGAGGGCUACAUACAGCUACUGAAUGUGUCGUCUUUGGAUAUUACCAAUACAGACUGCUUCAAAUCGAAUCCAUAUAACCAUGGGAAAUGUCCUCUAGAUGACUUCCAUGCUGUAAAGGAGGGUUCCUAUUCCAAGUUUUGGCCCUACUCGUGCGAAUGUGCAGUUGAGCGAUGUUUAUGGAAAGAGCCCCAUUACAGCAGUGUAGGGACAUGUGAGACGGUGACCACCUGUCCUGCUCAUCAGCAGUUGAACAAGUCGACAGGAAAGUGUGAGCUGUGCCCCUGGUACGCUGACAAGGACCAACCUGGCUGCUGGCCAUGUGUCAUUAAUGUGACUCUGCUCAGACUGGGUCAGCCUGACCCCAAUUCACCCAAGAGAUGGACCACCACCACCACUACAUCCGGGCCGUCCCCUGAGUUGCCACUUGCGUUGUCACAGCAAGUCAAGUCUGACUCGCCUGAGUCCCCAUUGGGUCAUACAACUACGCACAUUGCUUUGUUCUCUAUCGCGGUAGUGGUGGCCUUGUUGUUUAUUGUUGUCUCUGUGGCCAUCUGCAGAAAGUAUCAAAGCAAUCCUUCAGCUUGUCCGAAUUGGAUUAAGGACAUUUCCAGUUUGGUGAGAGGCCCAUCCCAAGGUUCAACAAAUGAUGUGCUGUCUACACGAAUAUUACCACAAACCAUUCCUUCAAGUUCUAGUGACAGAAGAGCUAGUCAUUCACCAAUUGAAGUCUUCAUUCCAUCAGACACUGGUGGUCUUCAGACCAGAGGAGCUCAAUCUUUACUGAUUGACCCCAGACCAAUGGUCCAUAACUCAACCCAUUUUCCAACUCCAUGCAGAGGUUCUCUAAUUAACCAAGGGCAGAUAAAUGGUGUAAGUGCAUACAUGGGAGACAAUCAGGAUAAAAGUUGUGCAAUGGAGUCUGAUACAGAGCGUGAACCCUUGUUACCUUCGACCCUAGCCGAAACCCAACUAAUUUCAAGACUGUAUAAGGAACUCUCAAAUAUGAAAAAUACCAAUGGUAGUAGCAGCCGCCAUGGGCAGUCUGCGCUUAGCAUACCGGAGGAGUUAAAUGAAAUGUAUUGCACAUUGAAUAGUGAGAUUUCUAUGGAAGAAGAUAUCAUGGGUGUGACUGCACGCAGCUCCGCUGGUGAAUUAGCGGUACAUGAAGCCCAUAGUAGCGAUGGGUCAAGAUCAAGUAGCACAAGAGUCGCAGCAUUAUUUGACGAUGUUAGCACAAACAGAACAAAGGAUCUGAAAGCAAUAGGUGUUGAACCAAGCAGAGAGGAGACUGUUCUUGAGUCCGAGUUUACCUCUGGAGCAGAGUGUGUUAACAAGAAAUGUAAAGGUAACAAUGCUAAUAAUGGAAACGACAAUUCAAGAGCUGGUGGUGGUUCGACAAUUAACUUCAACGCGCCUAUAAACUACUCGGUGAUAAACAUUAAUAUUGACGGUGGGGCAGUAAGGAUAGGUGGAGAAGAGGAAUUGGGGAGGCGCCAAGAUGAAUUGCAGAGAUUGCAAGGCAGAGCGGUGGCUGCCAGAGUGUCAAGUAGCACGAUGAAUGAAACAGUUGGAGCUGCUACCACAUUGCCUUGUAACGAUAUGAAUGCAGGAAUCAGUGCAUUGAUGAGUAGUAACGAGAACGGCGAGAGCUGUCAGUUGGUCAGUAAGGACAUAUUACCGUACAACAUCAGUUUAGACAAGAAGGACAAUAAGUUGCUCUCCGAUGUAGAUGAGGAGAGUCAUGAUGAGAAAUCCUGCAACGAGUUGAAAAAGGAAUCAUGCCAUGAAGUUGAGGGGGAAAACAAGGCAAAUAGUGAUGAGGCUGCAUCACAAGGCGUUCCUGCUCGACCUGUUGUGCGUGUUUCUCCAAUGGUUCAUAGCAACAGCAGCAGAAACAAUAUUAACCAUGGAAAUAGCUACAGACACAAUAGCGGUGAUAUGGCAGUUUCAAUAGACAACUCUUCCAUUUCAUCCGGUUACAUGCAAGCGCACAUGUCUGAGCCCCAUUCAAACACCACCCAGGCCUUGACUUCAGAGCAAACUAUGGGGACCCCUUCCAGUAACCGUGCCAACGGCGGUUUAAUGUCACCAAGUACAGCUUUGCAAAUGGAGGAACUGAAAUACUGGAGGCAGGUCAGCCAGACAGUCCCGAAAACUAUCGAUUGUGAUGCAGGCAAAAGGGAGACUACUGUGGAUUUGGACGCAGACCAAAGGGAGACUACUGCAGUGAGACCAGGACAAGAGGAGUUUCCCGACCCUGAUCAGACGGAGACUAAAGAGUUGGCUGCUGAUGAGGAUUGUUAAGAGCAGACUCAUGUAAAACAUGUGACUGGAAUUUAGGACGAUUGAACAUGCUGUGAUUUCUGUUUUUCUUUUAAUUGAAAAAUUUGAGCACAAAGUUCUCUGUUUUAUCAUCAGCUGUAUUGUUCAAGUCUUUGCUGAUUUAGUGUUCACUAAAAUUGUCAUUAUCAUUUUCACAGGAUGUCAUUCAUUACACUCCAACAUUAGUAUUAUGGGAAAACCCGUGGUGAAUGGAUUUGUGAAUGGAUGGGCAGAUUGCUUUCCGUUCUCUAAAUCAUACACUUUUCAUACAGCAGUUAGAAUGAUUUCUCUUUUUUUCUACAAAAAUGCAUAAUUCUCUAUGUCUUAUCUUUAAAUAAUUUUUCAUUGAAUCUUCAUCAAACUUUUAAGAUAAUUUUGCUGACCUGAAUUAUGGGCCAGUCUUAAUAACCAGCCAAUUAGCAAUGGGGUCUUAACCCUUUCAGUUCUGGAACCGAAUUUUGAAGGCCUUUGCAAACAGUUUGGAUCCAGAUGAGACGCCACAGCGUCUCAUCAGAAUCCAAACUGUUUGCUAUUCUGAUAGAAUUAUUGAAAAAAAAAUCGAAGAAAAUGCUAAUUUUAGAAAUUCAGCAGACAUCAUUUUAGCAGACAACAAAUUACCCAGCAUGCAAAGGGUUAAAAGUUAUUGCCUUUUAUUAAUGCAAAAAAACAGAUUUCAUUGUUUCAACACCUAACUUUCUGGAUUUUUGUUGUUGACAUUACAUUUAAGCAGACACCUCACACCAGGCACUCUAGAGUUAUUGCCAAUUGUGUAUUCAAAUCAAUACACAAUUCUGUGUUUCAGCUUUUCAUUGAUUCUUCAUCAAACUCUGUAAAAAAGUUUGUUGAUAUGAAAAGCAAAAGCAAAGUUCAGUGACCUGCCAAUUUUUUGCGCACGGCAUUUAAGAAUGUUUGUAAAAUUUGCAGUUUGAGCUGUCUUUUCACUAAAUGUUUAUUACUCAAUUAGACAUUCCAGAUAUGUUUGUUCCCAUUAAAUGGAAGUAGCAUUGAAUAACCAGCCAAAAUAGAAUAUUUCAUCAUACGGUGUCCAAGCGUACAUUUCUGUCCAUGACCUUGUGAUUGUUUUCAGUUAUUGAUUUUAUCUGGAAUAUUUCAGUUAUAUAAACCCAUAACCACUU